UGGGGGGCGAACAGCGGCCCAGUCUCCUGCCGUCUGCUUACACGCCGCCCUCCUUGCGCCCGGCUGGCCGAGUGCCGGCGCAAGGGGAGCCGCGCGGGGCCUGGGGUAGGAGUGGAGGGACCCGUUGCCCUGCCCUGGCCGUAGCUCCCCCCGGCAGCGCGGCCUGAACUCUUCCUGGAGUCUGUCGAGCCGCCCUGAGUCCCGAAAGCAGCCGCAGGCACCCCGCCUCGUGCCAGGGGGGAGGGGCGUGGGCAAUGUCGGCGCCUAGCUGCUGCUGCUGCGGGAGUAGGCCCGCUCCGGGCAGCCGCGGGGCUCCCUUGAUUCCAGGGAGGCGGGGAGAGGCAGAGCAGCCGGUUCCUCAGCACGGCAGGCAAAGAAAAACGGGGGGCGGUGUCACUGGGUAGUAAUAAGGUUGGGGGGCACCCAGCAGAGCGCCGACUAGCACCUCUGCUGCAAGGACAGGCUCGUUUGUUGUGCCAGCCACAGUGUGCAAGGCCUAGCAAGCAAGGACUCUUAAGCCGCCCUCAGGGAGUCCACUAGAAGUGUAAUAAUAGAUUUCUAAAAAGGAGAGAGAUGAGGGGGUGGGAGUAACAGAUGCAGGCUAACAACAAGGGAUCCAAGAGGCUGGUCAGUGCCUCUGUGAUUGAGUCUAAGGAGCCAGUGGAUGCUGCCCAGUGAACACUGAGGUGUGCAGAGGAGUAACUGGAAAAUGGCUCCACAGUUGCCAGGUCUGCCUGCCCUCCUGCCCCCCCCCCCAGCAGAACCUCUUUCCUGGCUAGCUUAGACAGAGCCUGGAAGUGGUUGAUCAGGAGGUCCUGGGAUUUGGUGGGGCCACAGAUGGGAGUGCAUAAAAGAAAAGGUGCAGGGAGCUGGGCAGCCAGAACCUCAGGAGGAGGUUCCUGAGGAGGGGAUGAAGGGGCUGCAGCCUGGGACACUCAAGGUGGGCAUGUGCCUCUGCUGACAAGGAGCAGAUGUUAGGCGUGUCUAUGAAGUGCAUCAGGCCACUGCAAAAACAGGCAGUAGGUUGUUGCAAUGUACUGGAAUGAUCCAAGGAAGAGGACCAGGCCCUCUGCUACAGAAGAAGGCAAAAACCCGCACAGCAAUGCUGAUUUGACUGGGGUAAAAUUCCUUUCUGGUCCCAAAAUGCAGCAACUGCCACAUUUCCCGUCAUGGUGAGUGAGAGGCGCAAUGGAAACCUGCUCGUGAACCUGGGGGCCAAGCUGCAGGCCUACCCCGAGGAGCUGAUCCGUCAGCGCCGGAGUCAUGAUGGCCACACAGAGUACCUGAUUCGCUGGAGCAUCCUCAGCUUGGAGGAGGGCACAGGGAGCAGCGCCAAUGCCUCUUCCACAGAGAGCAAAGCGGAGAACAUCCUGAUGUGGAUGUCAGCAGAGGAGGUCUAUGCCAAUUGCCCAACGCUGCUGGGCAAGAGGAAGCCUGAAGGGCAGCGAGUGAAGGAGGAGAAGGCACCCAGCACGUUUCCUUCAGAUGUCACGCUGGAUGAGGCCUCGCUGUUGGAAAUGAAGGAAGAUGUCAGGAGCCUGGUGCAGCGGGCUGGCCGGCAAAUGGCUAGGGCUAUGGGCCCAGCAUCCUCCAUCCUCAACACCAUCCAUGUGCUGAGUGCCUACGCCAGCAUUGGCUCAUUGACAGGUGUCUUCAAGGAGACGGGGGCUCUGGAUCUGCUGAUGAAGAUGCUUUGUAAUGAGGAGAAGCAAAUCCGGCGCAGUGCUGGCAAGAUGCUGAGGGCCUUGGCUUCGCAUGAUGCAGGGAGUCGGGCCUAUGUUCUUCUGUCCCUGAGCCAGCAGGAUGGCAUUGAGCAACACAUGGAUUUUGACAGUCGUUACACCCUUCUGGAGCUGUUUGCCGAGACUACGUCCUCUGAAGAGCACUGCAUGUCCUUUGAGGGCAUCCACCUUCCACAGAUCCCAGGAAAGCUGCUGUUCUCUCUGGUGAAGCGCUACCUGUGUGUCACCUCUCUCAUGGACAAGGUCAACAGCAGCACAGAGCUGGGGGCAGAGCGUCAGGACUGCGCUGCCCACGGUACGCGGUUUGGGGAGAGGACCCGCGUGCAGCGGGAGUUUGAGUUCAGCAUGGCCAUGGCCAAUCUCAUCUCUGAGUUGGUGCGGGUGAUGGGCUGGGACCGCAGCCAAAAGAUGGAGCUCCUCUCCUUGUGGGAAGCACGACCUCGAGUCAUCCGUUCCAUCUUCCAGCCCAAGGCUCCUGCCUGCACACCCAUCCAGGUGCCUCUGGUUUCUCCAAAGCCCUUGCCACGCAAAAAGCAGAGCCAUGGGUUCUUGACUCCGUCAGACUUCUCCAGCCGUGGCAGUUAUGUGGAGUAUAUGCAGGAGACCCUUAAGCCAGGCAUGAUGGUGCGCCUGCUGGAAGAUUUUGAUGAGCUCAGUGCUGGGGAUGAAGGUGAAUUCUGUCAGAGCAAUAAUGGAAUGCCUCCUGUACAGGUUUUGUGGCAGUCUACAGGCCGGACCUACUGGGUGCACUGGCACAUAAUACAAAUUAUCGUCUCUGGAAAUCAGCCUGAAGAAUCUGCUCCCAAGGAAAAGGUAUCCAGUCUGACAGAGAGCUUGAAAUUGAACACAGCUGCAGUUACCCAGACAUUUUACUGCAAGCCCUUUGGGGGGCUGUACUCCCUGCCAUACCUGAUGGACCAGCAGGGCGAGGAUACAGAGACCCUGAGCCGAGCUGAGUGGUGGGAACUGCUCUUCUUUGUUAAGAAGCUAGAACUACAUGAGCAACAAGAGAUCACUCACCUCAUCUGGCAGCAUCAAGAGGAACAGGUGCUGGAGCUAGAUGAGGAAGCCCUGAUCCAGCUGUCAGUGCCAGUGGAGUUGGUCCAGAAGGUGCUUUGGGUCCUGUGCAAGCAGUGCCAGGGCAGCACCCUGAGUGACCUCCACAACUCUCAUGUCUACAUCAAGUACUUCCUCAGCAAGGGAUGGGAGGAGCAGGACAGUGUUGGGGUAAAUGUGGUCCCUUUGGAAUGUGCUGGCCAUGGGAAUGCCUUCCUUGAAGCCAUGGCGUCCAAGAAACCAAAGACAGACCUUCCUGCUGCUGAUGUGCCUUCCCCCACCUCAGCCACCGUGGAGAAAUCAGACUUGCAGCUGUUUAGUGAACUCUUCAAAGCAGAAGGGCUGAUUUUACCAGAGUUCCUGGAGGAAAAAGCCAAAGUAUUCUGCACCAUGAAGGGAUCAGGCAAGAAGAGCUCUUUGGAGAAGAUUGCAGAUGCUCUGGAGAUGAUCCAGAGAUCCAGUUCUGAGGUCGAGCUGCAAGUAGCGGGUCUCAGGUUCAUUAUCAAGACCCUGGAGGAGGAGCCGGGUCGAGAACGGCAGCUCAUUAAAGUUGAGGGUGGACUAACCGUCAGGGAGAAGCUGGUGAAGAUGCUGGUGGAGCUCCUGACCAACCAGGUGAAGGAGAAGCUGCUGGUGGUGCUGGCGUUGCGCCUACUGUGCGUGCUGAUGGCCAAGUAUGACUGGCGCGUGCUCUUUGCCACAGAGGGUGGGAUACGUGCUGUGUUGUCUUGCAUGCAGGAGUACAGCCCCUUGGCACUGGUCCAGCAAGCUGGUUUGGCGGCCCUGAAGGUGCUGGUGGGGGCUGGGAACUGUGAGGUGCUGGGCACCAGCAGGAAGCCAUUUCCCCUGAACCAUUCUGAUGCCCAGAUGAUGCGGGAGAUUUUUGCCAGCAUUGGCUCUGCCACUAGCAAGGGCUCAGAUAACCUGCUGUGUGCCAUUCCUGCUGCCAUCAGCACCAUGCAAGGCACAGCUGGGGGCAUGUCAGCUGUGCAGAAUGGACUGCUGGUGGUGAACAUGCUUGUCGACAACCACCGUGGCCUGGCUGAGCAGCUGGUGAGCUGCGGAAUCCAAUCAGUCCUGCAGAGCUGCUGCCAAGGAGGCCGGAGUCCUGCAGAGCCCAGCUGUCCCAGCGAGACAUUGGCCAUGGCCAUGCUCAGUCGCCUAGCAGAGCACAAGAUCCCUUCAGAUCUGACAACGGCAGAUGCAGGUGCCCCCCUGGAUCUGAGGGACGUGGACGUGCAGAAACUGGUGGCCAGUCUGCGAGAGGGCAUCCUCUCCAAGGAGGUGCUGUUGGCUCUGGAGCAGCACCUCUGUGACAAGAGCCUUUGGCAUGAGAGCGAGGCUGCUGAGCUCUUGCAGGACCGUGACUGCUUCCUGCUGCUGCUUCGCAACCUGGAGCAGCUGGGGGCUGAGAAGGCUGUGCAGCUGGGGGUCCUCAGGAUUUUGAACAAGUUCCUGGACAAUUACCAGGAGGACGCGCUGCCAUGGCAUGAGUGCAUUGAGCCCUGUCUGUCCUCCAUGAGCGCCCACAGCACCGAGCGAGAUGUUGUGCAGGAGUUCAUUCGCUUCCUGCACCGCCUGGCCACUGUUAACAAAGACUGUGCUGUGGUGAUGUGCCGUGUGGGCACCAAGGAGGCCCUGACCAAGGUCAUGGACAAGCACAGCUCCAGCCUGCUGCUGGUGACGGAGCUACGGGACCUGGUGACGGACUGUGAGAAAUAUGCCAGCCUGUACAAGAAGAUGACGACCAGUAUCCUGGCCGGCUGUAUCCAGAUGGUGCUGGGUCAGAUUGAGGAACACAGGCGGAGUCACCAGCCCAUUAACAUCCCCUUCUUUGAUGUCUUCCUGCGUAACCUGUGCCAAGGCUCCAGUGUGGAGGUGAAAGAGGACAAGUGUUGGGAGAAACUAGAGGUUUCCUCCAAUCCCCACCGAGCCAGCAAGCUGACAGACAAGAACCCCAAGACCUACUGGGAAUCUAACGGCAGUACUGGAUCGCACUACAUCACUGUGUACAUGCAUCGUGGUGUGGUAGUCAGGCAGAUGAGCAUGCUGGUGGCCAGUGAGGAUUCCAGCUACAUGCCGGCCCGAGUUGUGGUCAUGGCAGGAGAGAGUCCUGCCAGCAUCAACACUGAGCUGAAUACGGUGAACGUCAUGCCCUCGGCCAGCAGAGUGAUCCUUCUGGAGAACCUGACCCGCUUCUGGCCUCUCAUACAGGUCAAGAUCAAGCGUUGCCAGCAGGGUGGGAUUGACACGCGUGUGCGUGGCAUUGAGGUCCUGGGGCCCAAGCCCACCUUCUGGCCGGUCUUCAAGGAGCAGCUGUGCCGGCGCACAUACCUGUUCUACACCACCAAGGCCCACACCUGGUGCCAGGAGAUCUCUGAGGAUCGGCUCCAGUUGCUGCAGCUCUUCAACAGGCUGAACAGUGCGCUGCGGCACGAGCAGGUGUUUGCUGAUCAUUUCCUCCCUGAUGACGAGGCAGCCCAGGCUCUGGGCAGGACCUGCUGGGAGGCCCUCAUCAACCCGCUAGUGCAGAGCAUCACCAGCCCAGACUCCAGUGGCAUCAGCCCCCUCGCCUGGCUCCUCAGUGAGUAUCUGGAGAACUUGGAGACGGCUCGCCACGCCAAGAGUCACGCCACCAUCUUCAACUCCCGUGUGCGCCGCCUCAGCCACCUGCUGGUGCACGUGGACCCCAGCACCCCAGAGCCCGAGGAGCUGCGACCGCCCGUCCGAGGAAACAGGGCCUGGACACACUCUCAGCUGCCUCCUGCCCAUGGGACCUGCUCUGCUGGGGGGCCAGGUUCAGGCUGGUGGCAGAGGCUUGGUGCAGCUCCUUCAGGUGCAGAUGCCUCUGUGGAAAUGCUGCAGGGGCAGGAUGGGAAGAACAAGGAGGCAGUCUGUGGAGCUGUGAAGGUGUCAGGGAAGAAGCCUGGCAGCCUGGUGGGCAUCACGCAGUGCUGGAGAGGCGUUGUGCAGCAGCAGGUGAAGCGGUUCUUGGAAACCUCAUGGCAGGCCCCAGACUUUGUAGAGCGCUACUGUGGUGUGUACCAGCGUCUGCAUAGCUCCAUGGAGGAGCUGUUUGGGCAGCAGAUGGCCUUUGCACUGGCCCUCCGCCAGGGCUUCUCAGGGGCGCUGCUGCAUCUCUCCUUCCUGACAGCCAUGCAUGUGAGUGAGCAGUUUGCCCGCUACAUCGACCAGCAGAUCCAGGAGAGUUGCGCUGAUGCAGCCAGUGUAGAGACGCUGCAACGGCUGCAGCGGAGCCUGGAGCCCAUCCUCUUCCUCUCAGGCCUGGAGCUCGCCAACACCUUUGAGCACUUCUACCGGUAUUACCUGGGUGACCGGCUCCUGGCCCAUGGCAAGGUGUGGCUGGAGGGGGCUGUUGUGGAGCAUAUUGGGCUCUGCUUCCCCAACCGCUUCCCCCAGCAAAUGUUGAAGAACCUGAGUGAGUCAGCAGAGCUGCAGCAGCAGUUUCACCUCUUCCAGCUGCAGCAGCUGGACAAAUCUCUGCUGGAGCUGGAUGCAAGGCAGGAGGACCUGGAAGAUGAGGUGAUGGAGGAGGAGCCUUCCCUGCUGGCAGUGGAGCCAAAACUGCAGGUGCUGGCUCUGUCCCCACGCUGCUGGACCAUCUCUUCACUCUGCCAUCUGGAUGACCCCGGCCGGUUUUUCCCACCACCUCUUGCCUCCUACCUGACCAAGUUCACUGACUUCUACACAAAGAGUCAGAACCGGUUUGGGCUGGAGCACAUGAAGCCACGGCACCUGCAGUGGACGUGGCUGGGCCACGCCGAGCUGCAGUUUGUGGAUAGCACCUUGCACGUCUCCACCUUGCAGAUGUACAUCCUGCUGUGCUUCAACAGUGCUGAGGAAGUUGCUGUGGAAACCCUGGUACAGGCCACGGGACUCUCUCCGGUCCUGCUGAGCCAUGCACUGAAGCCCCUGACAGGCAGGGAUGGGAUCCUGACUCAGAGCCACCCUUCUGGGGGGAUCCUGCAGCUGAAUGAGGCAGUCCUGUUGCGGGGCUCUGGCCAACACCUGUGGCUGCUGCCCAGGCAGACGUACCUGAACGUGAAGGAGGAUGAGGGAAGCACCCUGGAGAGGAAGAGGAACAUCAUCUGCUGCCUCACUGUCCAGAUUCUGAAGGAGGAGAAGCAGCUGCACAUCGAUAACCUUGUUUUCAGGGUGAUUGAUGCCUGUCAGAAGUGGGAGGCUGGGGCAACUCCAAAGUUCCUGAGCUUCUGCUGCAGCAGCACAGACGUGCUGUCAUGCAUCCUGCACUUGCUGAACCAGGGCUACAUCCGGCGCCUGGAGGACAGCCCCCAGCUUGUGGAGUACAUCUCCACAGAGCCAACAACUCCGCACAGGGGCCAAGCACAGGUCCUUUUCCAAAGCUUAGAAAGCAAAAGCCAGCAGACUGAUUUGGGGAAGGACCAGGUCACCAGGAAAUUCUCUGCUUUCAGGUUGAAUGCUGGUGGAAUUGGCACUGAGGAGGUUUUGAUGGAGACUCUUCUGUUGCCUAUGGGACGCACCAUGAGUCAAGACGAGGUGGAGAUGCUCAUGAACCAGACAGUUCAGCAGGUCUUGGACACCUUGAGUGUCUCAGCAGAUAGAGCCCAACAUCUGCUUAUACACUGCAAGUGGAAUGUGGAUCUCCUGAUCCAGCGCUACACUGAGGACCCUGAGUUGCUGCUCAUUUCUUCAGGGCUGCAAGUGCGGAGCCCCCAACAGCCCCCAAGCCCUGUCACCCUUUGUCCAGUGUGUGUGAACCAACUCUGCCCUGAUGACAGCAUUCCUACUCUCUGCUGCAUGCACUACUGCUGUAAGUCCUGCUGGAAUGAAUAUUUGACAACCCGGAUUGAACAGAAUCUGGUUCUGAACUGCACCUGUCCCAUCUCCAACUGUCCUGCACAGCUCACCACAGACUUUAUCCGCUCCAUCAUCUCUUCAAAGGAGGUCAUUGCCAAGUAUGAAAAAGCUAUUCUCCGAGGCUAUGUUGAGUGCUGCUUCAACCUCACCUGGUGCACUAACCCUCAGGGCUGUGAUCAGAUCCUUUGUAAGGAGGGGCUCAGCUGUGGAGAGGCCUGUUCCAAGUGCUCCUGGAUAUCCUGCUUCAAUUGCAAUUUCCCAGAGGCUCAUUACCCUGCUAGCUGCAGUCAUAUGUCCCAGUGGAUGGAUGAUGGCGGGUACUAUGAAGGAAUGACUGUUGAAGCACAAAGCAAACACUUGGCCAAACUUAUCUCCAAGCGCUGCCCAAGUUGCCAGGCACAGAUAGAAAAGAAUGAGGGCUGUCUACAUAUGACUUGUGCCAAAUGUAACCAUGGAUUUUGUUGGCGUUGCCUUAAGCCUUGGAAGCCGACACAUAAGGAUUACUAUAACUGCUCUGCUAUGGUGAGCAAAGCAGCUCGGCAAGAGAAGCGUUUCCAGGAUUACAACGAGAGAUGUACUUUUCAGCACCAAGCGAGGGAAUUUGCCAUGACCCUGAGAAACAGGGUGUCUGCCAUCCGUGGGGUGCCACAGAUUAGAACCUUGACCUUUGUUGUUGAUGCCUGUAAAGUCUUGGAACAAGCACGGAAGGUGUUGGCCUAUUCCUGUGUUUACAGCUACUAUAACCAGGACACUGAGAAGCUGGAUAUAAUGGAACAGCAGACUGAGAACCUGGAGCUACACACUAAUGCUUUACAAAUCCUUUUGGAGGAGACCCUGCUGCAGUGCCAAGAUCUGGCCUCCUGUGUUCAGCUGCUCAAAGCAGAACAUUUCAACACUGGUCUGGAGCUGGUGCGCAGGAUCCAGGAAAGGCUUUUAGCAAUUCUGCAACACUCUACUCAGGAUUUCCGUGUGGGGUUCCAGGCCCAGCCAGGUUCUGAUCAGAGGGAAGUGAAGUUGUCAAAUGUGCCUAAUGUGGCACCUGCUUAUAAAGAGCUAAAAUUUGAUGGGGCCUCUGACUCCCCAGACACAGAUGAGGGGGGCAAAGAAGAGGAUGAGGAUGAAGAUGAGGAAUAUGUCCCUGAGUGGCAUGAAGAAUAUGAUGACGAAGACCUCGAUGAUGACAAUUUUACCUAUGAUGAUGAUGAGUCGGAAAAUCUAGAGCGUGAUUCCUUCUUUGAUGAUGAUGAUGAUGAUGAUGAAGGAUUCGACUAGAACUGGGUGCCCAUACCCCAAAGCUGAGCUAAACUAAAGUGACACCAUAUUUCACCACUGCCCAGCCAGCUCUGACACCCUCCCCUAACCCCUUGCUUUGACUCAAGUCCCAUUAGUGUCCUAAAGAUGGGCAGGGUCUGUUAGUUGACAGUACAGAGGUUUUCUUUCUGGAUUGGUUGCUCAGUGACUCCUGUUUGGCCAUGCUUCUUGAGCACAGAAGCCACAUGGACCUUACCCACUCCGGCAAGAAGGGGUUCACCACUACCUUUACUGCUGUUUUUGAGGCAUCAAGGAGGUAUCAGAGCAUUUCAGCAGAGCAGCCUAGACAAGCCGUAGUUUUUCAUUUAAGACUCCUUGGAGGAUGGAGAGGCCCAGUGGGCCAUUGUGCAAGAAAAGUACCUUGUACAGAACACCUGUCGCCUUCCCUGUGGCAGUCUGUUCCCACCUGCCCUGUUCCUGUAGUCUAGGCCCAGGCAGGGAUGGUGCUGCACUGGGUUUAUCAGUUCUUAGCUUCUAGGUUUUCUACCCAACUCAGUAACUGCUCAGUAGUAGCAGCAAGUGGGUUGUCAUGGGUACAGUGUUUCCUAAGGGUCCAUCCUGCUUCCCCCAUCCUUUGGUGCAGUCUUCUUUCUAGCAGAGUUGUUGAAAAUGCAUCCCAAGUCUGAAGUUCUUCCUCCCAUUACACUGAAAUGCAGUGCAGACUGGUGUUAGGGGCUCCCAGCACAGGCAGGUGAGAUGAAGACAUCUGUGGUGCAUUGCCUGGUAGCCUGAGUGACAAAACAAUGUAAAGAACAGAUGGUUUCCAGAGAUGAUUCUCAAACCAAAUGUCUAAAUUUGACCCAAAAUAUCCCCUCCAAAACUGCCCAUUGGCUGUAGGUGCCCCCUGCCCCUCCCCCCACAUCCCCAACCCCGCACCCCGUACUCUGAAUGGACAUGGCUUUGUCUGUUUCCUUCACAGAGGGGCAAGCUUUCUGUAACUACAUUUUGUUCAUUGCUGUUGGGGUUGUUGCCUUUUCUCCCAUGAAAUAGGACCCUGUCCAGAGCCAGCAUGGGUUUGCAGGGUUAAUGUAUAUAUUGUAUUAUAUAAUAUAUAUGCAGAAGCUGUUAUUGUUCAUAGAUUAUGCUUUAUCUUUCUGUAAAGGAAAAUUCAUGAAAGAUGGUGAUGAUACAAUAUCUGUUUAUUAAAAAUGUUUUUCUUUUA